GCAUGCUCCGCAUUGGACUAUAAAAAAACCCAGCUUUGAUCAAACGUCCAGAGGACCAACAGAACAUCAUCAUGGUAUCGCAGAGGUGCAUCGAUGAAACUACCUACUUCAAUCAGGAAACACGCACGUGUAUUCCAUGUGAAAGAAAAGCUGGGUUUGAAGUUUACCCUAAUUGUGGACGGAGCGAUGAUGGUGGGGUACACUCUGACACUUUUAGAGAAUGCCCAUCCAACACUUUCAAUGACGGGACCUUUGAUAAAUGCCGGACAUGUUCCCCAUGUCCAAUUGGUCUAUUUGAACUGAAACCCUGCAAUUCAACAUCUGACACCGUUUGCCAGGAAGAAAGCAGAUCGACAGCAGCCACUCUCUCUGAUCCUGCAACCACCUUUGCACCAUCCUCCAGCACCGCAGCUGCGACUCAGAAAUACUCGACACAUAGUUUACCAGAAGGAGGCAGCGUGCCGAAUGCAGCUCUCUGGGCCGUACCAAUAACAAUUAUUGUUUUCAUCAUGCUGGCUGCUGCAAUAUGCGCUUUGAAAAUGAAGAAAAAAAGAGGUCUGUGCAAAAGUGUGUUUUAUCGUCGAAGGAUGUCGUAUAAAAAUGAAGGAUUUUCCCCGAUCUCCUCAUCUGGUACCAACACAGAGGCACUGGAAGACAUUCUGAAUUCUCAAAUCCUAUCAGCACCUUUACAUGCAGUUCUGGAUGAUCUUGAUGUUUUGGAGGAGUUGGUGAUUCUGUUGGACCCAGACACUCAAGGUAUAAAGAGCACAAAGCACCUGGCGUCCCACUGCUCCUUUCCUUCCACCUGGAUCACUUAUACAUACUCCAUGAAGGACAGCAAAAGCCCCCUGAAAGCUGUGCUUGAGGCAGUCACCAGCAAGCAGCCCGACUGGACUGUGGGCCACCUGGCCAACCUGCUCAGGCAAAUGGGCCGCAAUGAUGCUAUCACCGUUCUUGCAAAACUCAGACCUGGUUCAAAUGUUGGAUAUAUUUGAAACUUUUUCUCCCACAUCUAACAGUUUGAUUUUUUUAAUCCAAACUGGAUAUGAUGUUUCUAUCGGUCCUUUGCCCAUUGCCUGGAAACUUCACUAAAGUAGUUUCUAGUUCAAUCUGAAAAACAAUUAGGAUAAAUUUAUUGAUAAAAUUACUUUUGACUUUGGCGCUCAGACCUCAGCAGGAAACAUAGCGCUUAAUUUUGAUAGAUAUGCAUGAACAGGAGCAAAGGCCUGAAACUGGUGGUGGAGUGGACAUGGAUGAAGUUGGUCAGUCUGUAGACUGCUGGUUAGCGAGACGGUCUGCUGAGCUUUAUGGGGAGAUCCAGGGGACUGCGUGAGCUGAUACUAGAGCUUCACUCAGGGACCUGGAAGAUGGAAGUCCAGUUGGAUCACACAGGUUGGAAGAACCUGUGAGCAAGCAUGAAGCGACAGUGGAGAGGAAAAACUCCCCGUUGGGGAAAAACCUCUGGCAGGCUCAACAUGGCGGUCUUCUGCCAGACCAGUUGAGAUGAGACAGGGAAGGCAGUAAGAGUCCAGGAGGAAUGACACUGAUGCUUUAGCUAUGAAGGUGGAGGAGGGGGUGGGUUGAAACGGUGUCAUCUUAAGGAAGUCACAGCGCAUCCGCCACCUGCACACAGGAGCGAAGGAGUGUGGAUCGGAGGCCUUUUAACAUGAACUGUGGAUUCCGAUUGACUUUUGUGGAGGUGUGGUUCAAAGAUGAUUGACUGUGUCGCAGGUGGAUGUAGAAGGGCAAUGAGUUUCUUCAGUUAAACUUCCGCCUAGGCUCCAUAAGAACUGACUCCUGUCAUUUCUACCACCUGGUUCAACAUAUGGCCUUAUGAAAAGUUAUUUUUUCAGAUGCAGCACCAGACUAUAUACUAAGGAAGGUAGCUGGGUCUUUUCUACCAGCAUGUACAAGGCUGAUGUUAGCUUUAAAAUUCCACGUGAUCCUAUGCUGACAAGAAUUAUUUCCGUACCAAGGAAAUUCAUUGGAAACCUUGGAAAAUCCUUUUUUUAUUCAAGCUCAUGAAGAAAAUCCCACCUAUAUA